AUGGACGACACAAUGGCACCCAAAACGCGCAGCCAGACGCCCAAGAUCUCGCCUUUCUUGGAGCCAGGCAAAACUACCAAGGUCGGGUCGCUGGCCAUUCUCCAGCUCUCCCGCGACAACCUCCAACCAGUCUACCUCAAAGCCCCCUCCGGGAAACACGAUGGGUACGCCGAGGGCGCUGUCGUCAACACCCGCUAUGGCUCCUUUCCUCACUCGACCAUGAUUGGCGUGCCAUGGGGCUCACAAAUUCGCGCAUCGAAAGUCGACACUGGCUCCCGAGGUCGCAACAAUAAGAGGAAGCGUAACAAGAGCGAUGACGACGGAAAGGAGGCUUCGGCCACUGUUGCCGAGGAGAAAACCGAGCAAGAAAGUACGCCUGCCGAAGUCAAUGACGACUCCGCCGCUGUCGCCAAAAAGAUUGUCGCCGACGUCAGCGGCUUCAUCCACAUCCUCCCCCCAACCCCCGAAGUAUGGACGAGCAGCUUGCCGCACCGAACGCAGGUCGUCUAUACGCCAGAUUACAGCUAUGUUUUACACAGAAUACGUGCCAGACCUGGCUCUGUGUUGAUUGAGGCUGGUGCUGGCAGCGGCAGCUUCAGCCACGCCUCUGUACGAGCCGUCUACAAUGGAUAUCCAAGUGAAGGAGAGCGCAAGGGCAAAGUCUACAGCUUUGAGUUCCAUGAGCAACGCUUCCACAAGAUGAAUCAGGAGCUGAAGGAACACAACCUCAACAGCUUGGUCCACUUGACACAUCGGGAUGUCUACAACGGCGGCUUCUUGAUUGAUGGCAAGAGUCCCGAGGCCGAGGCCAUCUUUCUCGAUCUCCCAGCUCCUUGGGAGGCACUACAUCACCUCUCCAGGCGGAACCCCAAGAACCCAGAAGACAAAGAGUGGGUAUCACCACUUAACCCAAAGAAGAGCGCCCACAUCUGCACCUUUUCACCAUGUAUCGAGCAGGUCACCAAGACAGUUUCGGCAAUGCGGCGCUUGGGUUGGGUCGAUAUCGACAUGGUUGAGAUUGCCAACAGAAAGUACCACACUUCCCGUGAACGUGUCGGUCUGAACCUCUCCAUGGACCGCGGUGUCAACAAUUCGGCUCGUGAUGUCGAUGAGGCUCUCUCUCGGCUGACUGAGAUUGAAGCUCGGUUCCGGGAGCAUGCCGCCAGGUCGAAAGAGUCGGAUGACGAGAUGGACGGCGACGAGGAUGACGGACUGAUCAAGCGGCGUGAGAAGAAGGAACAGAAAGGCGGAAGGAAGCGCGGCGGCGAGAAGAAAGUCAAGAUUGACCACAAACCUGACUCCCCAGAGAGCUUUGAGGCGUUGCCGUCAGGGGUGCCCAUGUGGAUGGAAGGCCGGCUGAUCACCCGCGGCGAGCCUGAGAUCAAGACACACACCUCGUAUCUGGUGUUUGCCACGUUGCCGAUCGAAUGGACCGAAGAGGACGAGGCGGCGGCUGCGGCGGCUAGGCAUCCCGUGAUUGGAGAACAAAAGGUUAUUGGUCUUGUUGAUAAGGCGGCGAGGAAGCAGGAGAGGAGGGAGCAGCUGCAGAAGGCGACUGGCAACAGAAAGGCAAGACGGAUGGAGAGAGCUGCGGAGUUGGCUGUGACAGCUGAGGAAGAGGUUGGCGUAGUGGUGCCAUAG